GUCAAAUGGAAUAUAUGUAUAUAUAUACAUACGCGUAACUUAUUGAUUUCAGAUUAACAGAAGUACAUUUUAUUGUCACGUAAAAAGAAUUUACGAGGUGGGGCUCAUAUUGUGUCUUGCUACUGACAGCCGAAGUGUAUUGCUUAAACUGAAGUAAUCAAUACUUUACAAAAAUUACAAUGUCGUCCAACCAAUUAAGUAAGGAGUUGUCAUUUGUUAUAAAAAAAUUUGCCCAAGUCAGAAAAAUACUGGAUGAACGUCAAAAAUCUAAUUUAAAGCGCGAACCUUAUAAAUCAAAAUAUGCAGCUAUGGAUGUACUUAAAGAAAUAGAAUCAAAUCUCAAUGAUACCAUCGAUAGCGAACUGGAAGAAAAAGAUAAAAAUGUAGUGAUAUUAUUACUUGCUAUUACUUAUUUAAAUAGUGGGAUACUUCAUGCUGAUACAGAAGAACUAAAUACUGCAGAAGAGCAAUUCAUGAAAUGCGUUGAUCUACUGAAAGAUAGGGAAUUGGAACCUGAAGGAGUUUUACCAAUUUUAGCGACUCUAAAUCAGUUGGGUAUUAUUUGGUCUCGAUGGAAUCAACCAUUAAAAGCUAAAAUAUUCCUUGAUAGAGCAGAACAGAUUUAUAAAGAUUUCACAAAUGCAAAAAAUUCUUGUGAUCCUAUCGACUUGGUAUCAAAUUUUGGUACUGCAGGUACUAAAGAAGGUUUAAGUACUAAGCAUGCACUAGAAAAAAUACACACAUUGACAUUAUAUUACCAAGCACAAGUAUAUGGAGUUUUGAAAGAUUAUUACAAAUCUGCAGUAUAUUGUCACAUCACAUUGCGUAGGCAAUUAGAACAAAAUGAAAUAAUACAAGAUUUGGAUUAUGUAGAAUGGGCUCUUAAUGCAGCUACUCUGUCACAGUAUUUCAUAGGAAAUAAACGUUUUACUCAGGCCAGACAUCAUUUAGUUGCAGCAUCUUACAUAUUACAAAAAUAUGAAAAUACGAUGAAAGAAAAAAAAAAUAAAACAAACAGCAAAAUAGCUGCAGCAGAAUAUGAACGUUACAAGCACAGAAGUGCUGAUGUAGCUAGAUGCUGGGCUAAAUAUGGAAUAUUAUUGCUUAGUUUGUCAAAACACCGUCUUUUACAAGAAGCAGAAAAGGAUGAAAUUAAUCCCUACUACAAAAACAGAAAGAGUGAAUUGAAUUUUGACCAGGAAAAAGAUCCAGAAAAAUCUUUUGAUGAUUUAAAAUUUGAUAUUCUAAUGGAUGAUAUUAAACCAUUUAUAAAUCAGAUAACAGAUAAAUACCUUUUGGAUUUUAAUGAUGCCAAACCUGUAUUUUUAAAUAUUCAAAAAUGGAUAGAGCAAGCAAAAUCAUAUUAUACUCUAGACAAUCAUGCAUCAGAUUAUGUAGAAAUUAUACAAGAUAUAUCCCAAGCGUAUAAGUAUUUAGCAUUUUUCGAAGAAAAUGAAGAUCGUCGGGCGAAAAUGCAUAAACGUAGAAUAGAUAUCUUGGAAGCUACUGUUAAAGAGUUAAAUCCUCAUUACUACAAAACUGCAUGUAGACAAAUUUGGACGGAAUUAAGCGAAACAUAUUCCGAUAUUUUGGAUAUUAAGUUGGAUCGUUUACAAAUAAGCGAAGAUAAAGCAGAUCCUCAUGCUUUGACAAAAAUUAAUCAUUUGGCUAAAAGUUCCAUUAAAAAUUUUCAAUUAUUUUUAGAUUCAUUGGAGAAUAAUUCUACAAAUGCAAGGACUGCAACGUUCCCUCACCACUUUGUGCAACCUGCAUUAAGUGCAUAUUUUCAGAUAGGAAGAUUGUACAGUAAAAUCAUAACUGUUGACAAGUCUAUGCAAUUGCAGAAUACUCAGAACACUAUUAAUGCCUACCAAUUUCUAAUUGAUUAUUGCGAAACUCAUCCAGAAGCUGCGGAGAUAAUGAAACAAGAACUGACUUUAUGUAAAGAAAUCGUUUCUUUACUUCCUGUAAAAGUUAGUAAGUUAAGACAAGAAUUAUUGGAACAACAAUAAAUGUUUUUGAAUUAUUGGAACAAUAAUUCUUCGUCUCAAUGUUUUUGAAUUAUUGGAACUAAUAAACUUCGUCUCAAUGUUUAAGAUAAUAUCUAUUAAACAAAUAAUUCUAUGUGAUCAGUAUCUCGACAAAAUCGAUAAAAUCGAAUGUAAUCUUGAUGUAUGUAUGUUGUUUAGCUUCUAAAUGUAAUGAAGAGUAUCUUCACGUAUAAUUUUCGUGAAAUAUGCUUAUGAGUGUAUGAAUGUUAAGAUAUAUAUAACCACUAUUAUAUAUAUUAUAUGAUUAUUAUAUAAUCUUUUGAUGUAAAAUUUAGACAACGAUUUUUUGCUGUAUCAAGCACCUACAAUUAAUCUAUUAUUAUGAAAUUCUGAAAUAAGAAAUAAAUGUAAAUCGAUCUAAAAAUAAAUACGUUAGAGAUUCCCA